UCAGCGUGGUGCGGCGAUGCAUCAACAGGGAGACGGGGCAGCAGUUCGCUGUGAAGAUCGUCGAUGUAGCAAAAUUCACUUCAAGUCCUGGAUUAAGCACAGAAGAUCUGAAGAGAGAAGCCAGUAUUUGUCACAUGCUGAAGCAUCCUCACAUUGUUGAACUGUUGGAGACAUACAGCUCAGAUGGAAUGCUUUAUAUGGUCUUUGAGUUUAUGGAUGGAGCAGACCUGUGUUUUGAAAUUGUGAAGAGAGCAGAUGCUGGAUUUGUCUACAGUGAAGCUGUAGCCAGUCAUUACAUGAGACAGAUACUGGAAGCUCUGCGUUACUGUCAUGAUAAUAAUAUAAUUCACAGAGAUGUGAAGCCACACUGUGUACUGCUUGCCUCAAAAGAGAAUUCAGCCCCAGUAAAGCUUGGUGGCUUUGGGGUAGCAAUUCAGUUAGGAGAGUCUGGGCUAGUUGCUGGAGGACGUGUAGGAACACCUCACUUCAUGGCUCCAGAAGUGGUAAAAAGAGAACCAUAUGGGAAGCCUGUAGAUGUUUGGGGUUGUGGUGUGAUCCUGUUUAUCCUGCUAAGUGGUUGUUUGCCUUUUUAUGGAACCAAGGAAAGAUUAUUUGAAGGCAUUAUUAAAGGCAAAUACAAGAUGAAUCCUAGGCAAUGGAGCCAUAUUUCUGAAAGUGCCAAAGAUCUGGUGCGCCGCAUGCUUAUGCUGGAUCCAGCAGAGAGGAUAACAGUGUACGAAGCACUGAAUCACCCCUGGUUAAAGGAGAGAGAUCGCUAUGCAUACAAGAUUCAUCUUCCAGAAACAGUAGAACAGUUGAGAAAAUUCAAUGCAAGACGAAAACUAAAGGGGGCAGUACUAGCAGCUGUGUCAAGCCACAAAUUCAACUCCUUCUAUGGUGACCCCCCUGAAGAGCUGCCAGACUUCUCUGAAGACCCCACCUCCUCAGGACUUCUAGCAGCAGAAAGAGCAGUCUCACAGGUGCUGGACAGCCUGGAAGAAAUUCAUGCACUUACAGACUGCAGUGAAAAAGACUUAGAUUUUCUUCACAGUGUUUUCCAGGAUCAGCAUCUUCACACGUUACUUGAUCUUUAUGACAAAAUAAACACAAAAUCUUCGCCACAAAUCAGGAAUCCUCCAAGCGAUGCUGUACAGAGAGCCAAAGAGGUAUUGGAAGAAAUUUCAUGUUACCCAGAGAACAAUGAUGCAAAGGAGCUAAAGCGUAUCUUAACACAACCUCAUUUCAUGGCCUUACUUCAAACCCAUGAUGUAGUGGCACAUGAAGUUUACAGUGACGAAGCGCUGCGGGUGACCCCUCCUCCCACCUCGCCCUACCUGAACGGGGACUCCCCGGAGAGCGCCAACGGCGACAUGGACAUGGAGAACGUCACGCGCGUCCGCCUGGUGCAGUUCCAGAAGAACACAGAUGAGCCCAUGGGAAUCACUUUAAAAAUGAAUGAGCUGAACCACUGCAUUGUGGCAAGAAUUAUGCACGGAGGAAUGAUUCACCGGCAAGGUACGCUACAUGUAGGAGAUGAAAUCAGAGAAAUAAAUGGAAUCAGUGUGGCAAAUCAAACUGUAGAGCAACUACAAAAAAUGCUUAGGGAAAUGCGUGGAAGUAUUACCUUCAAGAUUGUGCCAAGUUAUCGCACGCAGUCUUCAUCCUGUGAGGACUUGCCAUCGACAACACAACCAAAAGGACGACAGAUCUAUGUAAGAGCACAAUUUGAAUAUGAUCCAGCAAAGGAUGACCUCAUUCCUUGCAAAGAAGCUGGCAUCAGAUUCCGAGUUGGUGAUAUUAUCCAAAUCAUUAGCAAAGAUGAUCAUAACUGGUGGCAGGGUAAACUUGAGAACUCCAAAAAUGGUACUGCAGGUCUUAUUCCUUCUCCUGAACUUCAGGAAUGGCGAGUUGCUUGUAUUGCCAUGGAGAAGACCAAACAGGAGCAACAGGCCAGCUGUACUUGGUUUGGAAAGAAAAAAAAGCAGUACAAAGACAAAUACUUGGCAAAGCACAAUGCAGUGUUUGAUCAAUUAGAUCUCGUCACAUAUGAAGAAGUAGUAAAGCUGCCAGCAUUCAAAAGGAAAACACUAGUCCUACUAGGUGCCCACGGUGUGGGAAGAAGACACAUAAAAAACACGCUCAUCACAAAACACCCGGACAGAUUUGCUUACCCCAUUCCUCACACAACCAGACCUCCAAAGAAAGAUGAAGAAAAUGGCAAAAAUUACUACUUUGUAUCACAUGACCAAAUGAUGCAGGAUAUAUCAAACAAUGAAUAUUUGGAAUAUGGCAGCCAUGAGGAUGCAAUGUAUGGGACAAAACUGGAAACAAUACGAAAGAUCCAUGAGCAGGGACUAAUUGCAAUACUUGAUGUAGAACCUCAGGCAUUGAAGGUCCUGAGAACUGCAGAGUUUGCUCCUUUUGUUGUUUUUAUUGCUGCACCUACGAUUACCCCAGGCAUUAAUGAGGAUGAAUCCCUUCAGCGCCUGCAGAAGGAGUCUGAGAUCCUACAGAGAACAUAUGCACACUACUUUGACCUAACAAUUAUCAACAAUGAGAUUGAUGAAACCAUCAGGCACCUGGAGGAAGCCAUCGAGCUCGUGUGUACAGCCUCCCAGUGGGUCCCGGUCUCCUGGGUCUACUAGACCAGGAAUGAGAGAAUUGAGGGAAAAAAAAAAAAACCUGUCAUUACUGGGAACCACCUCAUACAUGGAAAACCUCUUCGUUAUUGACCUUGUGUCAACAGGUCUUGGCCCCUAGAGACUACCUAGAUGUAGUGUGACCUAAAAUAUAAUUAUUGUCAUGUCCGAAUAGAUAGGAGGAGGGGGAAAAAAAGAUGAAACACUAAUUUAAAGAGACAGUAUCUUUUUUUUAAUCAUUUCUCCUAAACUUUAAUAAAAUGUAUCUUUAAAUGUA